GAGAAUCAUUGCCUUCAACAUGGAAAGUUGCCCUGUUAAGGACUUGUCUCUUCCUGAGAUUUCCUAAUGUCCUUAAAGGAUCAAGAUUGAGUCUAGGCACACGGUGUGUGCUAAGAAAAGAAUAAUUUAUUGACUUGAAGCCUCAUAGAGUGUGACUCAUUUAGAGGCACUGAUUUUAGGCCUCAGUGAAUACUUGCUGUGAGUUGGUCCAGUUCUCAGUGAACAGCCAUGGGCUCAAAGAGAUAUUCCAAGUUUCAAGAAAGUGGGGGACCAAAGACUUUGGGAAAUAUUAAAUUUGAAAAACAACCAGGUCCAGAUGAUGAAGAGAUCUAUGAUACAACUGCACAAUCAAAAUUUGUCCUGAAGAACCUCAGACACUACACAGUCCAUCCAAAUAUGGCCAAAUACUAUGAGCCUUUGAAGCCCAGUAAACUGCAGAGACUCCUGACUCAAAAGAAGAAAAUGAAUAGUUUUAUGGUAAAGGUGACAGAGUAUGAUCAGGAUAUGACGUUACUGCUCAUGACUAACAACCCACCGCCCUGCUCCUUCGGCCAGCAGGAAAAGGAUGGAGCUCCAAUAUACUUUCCCCCAGAGUUUCAGUUAAAGGAAACUCUCUACCGACGUAAACCCAACAAGAAUGUCUUCCUUCCCACAAUGUCUCAGAAAAAGAAGUUAAUACCAGAACUGAAGCCAGUCUUCCCUAUGAAACGGAUAGGUGAUCCUAACUUCAAGGGACAACAAUGGUUUAGGUUUUCUACUGACAGUGAUUUCAACAUCGAAGGGAGGUAUUCUGAAGUCUAUGCUUUAAGAAAACAGAAAAAACUGUAUCCUAACCUCAUCUUUGCCCCAGCCUGCCAGAGAGAAACAACAAAACGUGGUAAGUUUCCAUGGAGCCAGAGGGUGAAAAACCAACUUCGAAAGUGCUUUGGGAACCACUGACAUUUUCAAAGCUCCUAGAACAGAAGCCUACAAGAAGUGUGCCAGGGGAGAGCUUCUUUCGCCAUGGAAGGGCCCAGCAGUGGAUUGUCAAAAGUGCGGCUGUUAUUAAGUGAAGACAAAUCCUUCAAGACCCUCUCCUCACUCUUCAGGAACUGAGGGGCCCUGGAUAAGUCACCAACCAAAUAAAGUUCCAUGUUUGUUGUCUCAG